UGAUGGCUUUUAAAAGGCCUCCAUUCCUAGUUUCCUACAUCUCUAACUUAUUUCAUUGAAGCGUAGACUCCAUGGAAGCGUUCUCCGUUGAAUCAAAUUCUUGUAUCCCCAUUGAAGCAGCUUCUAAGUAUAAACAUGCGAUUGAAGGCUGCAAGACUUUCUAGAGCAGCAUCUAGGGCGGAAACUGGCCCUACUAUGGUGCGAAGCUGGGAUGACUUGGACUACGAUAUAUUAAUGGGUAUAAUUAACAGAGUGCCUUGGCGUUGUAGGCUUUACGUUGCAUGUUUGGUGAGCAAGUCGUUGUUGGCAGCAGUAUUAGACUCAUUGUCACCUUGUGGUGUGAUCAACCUCACAGUCAUAGAUUCCCACAAGUUGAAGAAUAACCUUGAUUUUCCCAGGUUUCAGAGAAGAUACCUUUGUUUCCUGAAGCAUAUGUUGGAUAUUAAGCCAGUUGACUCUUGUUCUGCAUUGUUCAUUGGUGAAACUGUGCUAAAGCCACACAAGUAUGUCUAUAUUGCCAAAAGGACACCCUCGCUGCAGCGGUUGGUUAUCUCUGAGGCAUUGGGUUACAGACAUUCAUGUUUUAUGCAAGCUAUGCGUUAUUGGAGGAAGUUGAAGAAAGUAAAGUGUCCUGUAGAUCUGUUUGUAUUCUGCUCAGUCUGCUUUGAAAAGGUUGAAAGUCUUCAGUUAUUUGGGGUUGUAAAUGAUGCUGCAGCAAUAGCAAUCCGUGAUAGAUGUCCUAGACUCAGACGAUUGUAUCUCAUCUCAUGUGCUUUAUCAGUCACUGCAUUGUCAACAAUAUUAGAUGGGCACAAACGAUUGGAGGUGUUGGAUACCCGACAUAGUUUCUGUGUUCGUGACUGCUCAAAGACUGCUAGGAUUGGGAUAUCUCAAUCCGUGGAGUGGAAUGAAGAAGAGAUUCGCUGUAAGGCUGCUGGUAUAAAGUUGCACUUGAGGUGCACUAAACAGCGUUGUCCUAAAUGUUCUGCAACUUGGAAAUGCUGCUAUCCAAAAAUGAAGGGUCGACUUACAAAUUAUCGUUAUUGGAAGUAUAUUUAAAAUUUAAUCUACUUGUAAUGUUGUCUAUAACAUUUUAAUUUAUAAAGGAAAUUGCGAUUAAA